GCGGCGGCGGCGGGGCGCUGCCGGAGCCCGCUCCGCCGGGCCAUGGCCAGCACCGGCUCCGCGCCCGGGGGCGCGGGCCCGGGCUCGGGCACGGCGCUGCCCACCCGCUUCCAGGAGACAGAGAAGCUGCUGUCGGCCACGGAGGGCCGGGAGGAGAAGGGCCUCCGCGGCUCCAAAUCCUUCACGGCAGCCUUGCCCGGCGAGACGGAGCGCAACGGGCACGGGCUCGGCUACAAGUCGGUGUCGGUCGGGCACCUGGAGGCGCCGCCGCUGUCGCCGUCCCGGCUGAGCCUGGGCAGAGCCUCGUCCACGGCCACCAGCACGGCGGCCCCGGAGCAGGGCCGCCCUCGGGACUACCUGGUGCUCGCCAUCUUCUCGUGCUUCUGCCCCGUCUGGCCCAUCAACAUCGUGGCCCUCGUCUUCUCCAUCAUGUCGAGGAACAGUGGCCAGCAAGGGGACACGGACGGCGCCCGGCGGCUCGGACGCAUGGCCAGGCUGCUCAGCAUCGUCUCCAUCGUGCUGGGGACCAUCAUCAUCGUGCUCUACAUUUCACUCAGCGUCAGAGUUUCCUAGAAGACGUUUCAGCAUGCAAAUACCUUGAAGAGGAGGAAGACAACUUUCCUUUUGGGGUUUUUACUUUCAGCCUUGCAACAAAACAAAAAAUUGUCACAGUGUAGGUGGGCAGCCCUAGACAGUCUGCUCUGGAGCGCCGUCGGAAGGAACGCAUGCUUCGAUUCACCGCCUUUGGGAAUGAGCCUGUGCGAGGGAUGGGAUAAAAAUCACCCUGAGUAGCAAUGGGAGAGGCCACACGGAGAGGAGAAGGGGGAAAUCCACUACCUCAUUCCCCUCCAGCAGAACUCACGGAGUGGGGAGACAACUAAAGUGCAAGAGGAGGAGAGAGUCUCCAGAAGGAAGCUGGUUUUGGAAGGAAAAUACAAGGCGAGAACGGGACGUUUUGAGGAGUCCUCCUGAGAAUUCUGGCACAAGUCACGUGAUUUUUGGGGGGUUGUUGGUUUUUAAAUCGUCAAAUUCUCUGUCUCUACAAAAAAAACAAAACAAAACAAAACAAAACAAAGCUCAAACUGCCAUCAGGAGCUGAGAGCUGUUCCACGGAGGAGGAGGGAGAGCGGAGCUGCAGCAGGACCACGGCUCUGCUCCGAACGAAACGCAGCCGCCAAAGCUGGAGGAUGUGGUGGGUGCUUUUGUAUUUUUGAUGAAAAAAAAAAAGAAAAAAAAAAAAGAAAAAAAAAAAAGAGACAAUGACCAUUUGCAUGCCUUUGGGAAUGUUCUCCAUGUCUGUUCCUACAAGCUCUUUUACCACUUAGGGCAGAUCUCAGAGCUGGCAGAGGAGGAUGUUGCUGCAUGAGAACCCCAGACUCCUCCUCACCCCCAUCCCAUGGUGGGCUUUUUAAAGGAAGGCGAAAUCAGGCGUUCCCUGUGAACCCACGCAUUUCUCUGUGCACCCAAAGGGAGGUUGGCACCCCUGGCACUGAGACAAGAGCCUGGUUAAUGCCCAGCAGCAGCACCAAGGCACGGAGAGCCCCUUCCAGCCACUCACACCCCGACGCCACGGCACGUCCGUCACGCAGAGGCUUCAGCGUGAUCCAGCCCCCAGCACUGCCAGUGCUCAUCCCCCCGACCCUCUGAGGCUUCAGCUUAGGGCCUUCCAGGAGAUUUUCAGGGCCAUGAAGGAGUUUUAGACUCCUGCUCCUCUCCUUGCACCCCUCACGGAGCUCUUCUGCAGCUCUGAAAAUCUCCGGCGUCCCCGGAGCUGCCUAGGGUCAGUUCCUCGAGUCGUUGUAUUGUUUUUUAAUGUUUUGUAUUUAACACAACAAGAAAACAGACUCUGCUCCUCCCACUCUGUCUGUAGGUACCACAGGCCCUGCCAGGUCUUCCACAGCACACGGCUCCCUCGGCCCAUUCCCCACACGCUCCCUGGAGGCUCCAUCCAGCCCCAGCCCUUCUCCUCCCCGCUCUCCCCUCAUUGCUGUGGGGACUUCCUGGGGUUGGCCCUCUACCCACCCAGCCAGACUAUGCAAAGCUCCAUUGCCUGUUGUUUCAGCCAGGCUUUGUGACUUCUGGCCACGUCCCUUGGCUCCCUGAGUCUCUUUGAUCCAAACUUUGGGGACACACGACCAAGAGCUGCACUGCCCGACCUUUCUGUUGUCUCCAGCUGACAACCUGCGACCUAAAAGCAGGGACUGACUGAGAAAUGUUGUCCUGCAGAGCACUUCUGCUCCCUAACACCAAUCUCCUGAAAAACAUCCCAAAUUUCGAGCAAAUUCAAUGCUUCCCAGGGCUUGUCUACAUGGAGAAUCCACUAAAAGAAACCUCACAACACGGCAACUGCUUGGCACUGACUCCUUCCCUGGGCUCUGAGUGGGCACAUGGGUUAGCACAGGGUAGGGGUGAAGUGUAAAUCCACACUGUAGUUACUCUGUAGUAGCUAAUGUGCAAAGCUUGGGCAUCUCUGUGAAAAUUCUCCUGUCACCUUUUGGAUUGCUCCUCUUCCAAGUGUUUUUUUCCUCUAGAUGUUGUUUGAAUCCAGGGGGUGAGAAAGCCAAAUCCCCCAGACACGCUCUCAACAUUUUUCUCUCCUCUAAAAGGGAUGCCAGGGGCUCACAGCAAUAGCACAUCACCACAGCACUUUCUCGGGCUCCAUUCCCAUCCACCCCUUUGCCAGCACUCCAUCACAAACUGCUGGCAUCUAAAAUGGACCAAAUCUGCAGUUUUUCUUUUGCAAUUUAUCUUUUGUGAGUUCAGCAAACAGGGACUGCUGAGCAUCGCUGGGUGGGAGCUCCCUCCUCCAUCCUCUGUCCAGGAGCUGCAUCUUUUCCUCCUGAGCCCUUCAGAAACCCUCCCUUGGAUGUUCAAACUUUCAUCUUAGGGCUAUUGAAAUCCCAUCAAAUCCCCAAAAUGCUUCUUUCUUUAACUCUUGGACUCAAGUGCUGCUUGCUGGGGGAUUUUUUUGGAGCUAAAUAAGGGCAGUGCUGCCUGUCCCUGCAUCUCCUGCCCUUUGCCCUUGGAGCUGCUGGAAUUCAGCUGAUGGAAGAGCCCAGGAAGCUCCUCCUUGAGCAGGAAGGGCCCUUUUUCAGGGAAAAGUGCUGGAGGGAGUUAUAGGACUUGAGAGCACUGAACGUUUAUUAAGUAAGGAUUUAAAUGCUCUUUUAUCAUUAUAUAAAGCCUUUCAUCUAAAGUGCUUCUCUGCAUCCAAAGGAUUAAACCCUGCCACCCCCCACGAGGUGGGUUCACAUUACUGCUCUAAUUGCAGGGAUGGCAAAUGCUCAGGCACUGAGCAGCUCCCAAACCAACCCCCUUUUCCUCCUCCUCCUUAACAGAACCAGGUAUGAGCACAGAUUUCCUUGGAAUAUGUUUGGUGGGGCUUUUUUUUUGUUUGUUUGGUUGGUUUUUUUUUUCUUUUUUCAGUGGGAUCUAGACAAACUGGGCCCCACUGUGGCUCCAAAUGGGAUUCCUGCAGCCAGAGGGAGGAAGGGGCUUUGUGAGGCAGCUGCAGUGCUCCUUGCCAGGAGAGGUCCCAGGCCAGGCCAGCACAGAGCACAGGAGGUACCAGGAUUCCCCUGGAUGCAGGAGAAGGCAGAAGGUUUCCCCAAAAACCCCAGGGUGAUGAUUUGUUUGUGCCUCCUGUCUCACUGGACAGCUCGGGUGAUGCUUCUCACCUCACUAUUAAAUAUAACAAAAGAAGAACUAAGACACUUGAAUCCCUUUCAUUCUAAAAUCUUCCUGAAGAGAUACAAUUGUACUGCACCCUUGAACUCAGCUUUUUUUUUUUUUUUUUUUUUUUUUUCUUAUCCUGCAUUUAUAUCCAGAGGAAACCCUCUGAAGUUAUCCCUGACAAAAUAUUUACUCUGCUUGUAACCUGCCCCUCCAAUGCUGGAGGAAUAAACUCCCCAGGGACACCCACAAAGUCCCUCUCCCUGCUCCCCCAUCAACUUCUCCCCACAUUUUGCAGCCUGUUUUGCAAAGCUUUUGCCACUUUGCUCUCGCCAUCCCCCACGGUUUUAUCCCAGCUCAGCUCCCUCUUUGGCUCUUUUUGGGUGGAAUUUGCUCCUCUUUGUGAAGGAGGAGGCUGCAGAGCCCCCAGCCCGUGGCACACACUCACCUGAGCAGGGUUUCAGUGAGGUUGGUGAUGGCAGAACUUCACCCUGAGGCCACCAGGGAACUCUCCUUAACUCAGCUUUUAGCACACAGGAGGGCAACCACAAUUGCUGUGCCAUGAGCCCUUUCCUCUCCAGCCCCUCCAAGCAGCCCUGUUCCUUAUCCCCAGCUCUUUGCCACCUGCUGCAGCCUCCUCUGAGCACACACAUCAGAAUUCUUCGUGCUUGCAACUAAAACAGGCACGAAAUCCUCAGGCUCUGGCCAACUUUUCCCCCCUGGUGAAGGAAAGGUGAGAGCACGGUGACAAUCCAGCCCUACCUGCCAGGGGAGCUGAGCUGGUGGGAGGAGAGCUCUGAAGGGAUGGAGAAGGUGGGAAAUGCCUCUAAAUGUGAGCUGGAGUGGGAGUUACAAUCGACAAGUCCUGGUGGGAUGGAAAUCCAGGGGAAGGAGCCUCCCAGCAGAGCAUGGGGCUGCUGGCACCUCCCUGGCACUGCUGUCCCUGGGCUUCUUUGCCAGGAUCUGGGGCAGAGCUGGGCUCUGUGGGGUGGCACAGAAGGGCUGCUGGCUGCUGGAUUGAAGCUUUAAGCUGAACCAGCAACAAACCUGGCUUGGUUUUGUAGCAGCCCCUCGUGGGAUGCAGUGAGCCAGGGUCAGGAAAGGUCUGGCCCGAGUCAGAGGGGUCACAGCAGCACCCUGCAGGCACCAAAGGGAUCUGAGCACCACCAGGGGAAAGAAAGCCACCAAAGGACUUCAAAGUUUGCUCUGUUAAGGAUGGGUUUGCUUUUUCUGGCCGGUGUUUCACCCUGUUCUAGUUUCCUCCUCUGUCCCUGCUCUUUGCUGGUUUUUGCUGUCCCACAGCUCUUCCUCCCUCCCUCUGCCCCUCCUUUCACCCGGACAGGGCUCGCUGCAAUGGGAUCUCACCUCUGGGCUCUGCUGGAGGGGGGCAGGGAGGGCAGGGAGCUCUGACCCGGCUCCAGAUUUCUCCAUGUAGACAAGGGGAGCAGAUCCUGCCUUUUCUAGAAAACGGAAUCUCCAUUUCUGCCCAUUCUGAGCCCAGGCAGAGGCUGCAGAAAGGCACCCGCUGGGCUGGCCCCACCCUUGCCCUGUCUCUUUGUUACUCGUCACAGAACCACGGCCAGGGUUGCCCUUUAAGCUGAAAUUAUUCAGAUUUAAGCUCGUUUUCCUUUCAGUAUACAGCCUUUAAUUUUGGCAAAAACCAGUUAGGUUUGGACUGAAAAACUCCCCUGCUUGGGCACAAGCCAAGGGGGCGUGGGGGGAAAGCAGCCUUUUCAAAGUGGGAAUAUUUGUAAAGCAUUUGCUGACACCAGUAGGUAGCAAAAUUCCAACCUAUAAAUACCCAUCCAGGAUAAGAAACAUCAGAAAGGGAACGUGUGCAGGAUUCACCAAGGCAGCCCUGAUACCACCUGGGAGCCCUUAGAAGGUGCCAGGACUUGAUCCUUGGCAUGGAAGUGCAGGGUCCAUCCCCCACUGGGAGAGCCACAGCUCACACACAGCAUGAACACACCAGGAAUUGCAGCUGGGUGCUUCUCUUUGCUGACAAAUGUUUCUUUUUCUGCAGGUUGGUAUGGUAUAUCUUAUAUACUUUCUUUGUAUUUCUUGGCAUGAGAAAAAAAAAAUUAAAAUGUAACAUGCAUGGUCAAAGCUGAA